AUGCUGCAGCUUAUUUCGUCAAGAGCGCGCAAUGCGGUGUCGAGGGAUAAGUUUCGCUUCAUCGACGGCGAGCUGAACCUUGACCUGACCUACAUCACCGAUCGUAUUGUUGCCAUGGGCCUGCCGGGUGCCGGCGUGGAGAAGGUGUGGCGCAAUGAGCUGGAAGACGUGGCUCGCUUUUUUCAAAAGUAUCACGCGGAGCACUUCAUCAUCAUCAACCUCAGCGGCGAGGUGUACGACUACUCCAAGUUCCAGUACCGCGUCAAGGACUAUGGCUACCCCGACCAUAGUGCUCUGCCCUUGGAGCACCUCUUCCAGAUCAUGUCGGCCAUGAAGUAUUACCUGGACGAGGACCCGAGCAACAUCGUCGCUGUCCAUUGCCUGGCAGGCCGAGGGCGGACAGGAACAGUCAUCAGCGCCUUUCUGUUGUACCUCGGGCUCUACAACGACGCGACAGAAGCCCUUCGCUACUUUGCCAACGCGAGAUCUUCCAAGGGAGAGGGAGUGAUUACCCCCUCGCAGCUCCGUUACGUCGGCUACUACAACGAGAUCCUCCAAGGCCGGAAGCCCGACCCACGAGGUAAAGAGAAGAAGCUCCUGCUGGAUAAGAUCAUCAUGGAGCCCUGCCCGGUCAUACCAGGCACCGAAGAAAAAGGCAUUCAGGGCGGAUGGACACCCGUUGUCCAAAUCUGCACGCUCGCCGGUACCAGCAUCACUCCCCUCACGUAUGACGCCGGAGGAAUGCCUCUAUUCGUCGAAUAG